CAUUGUAUUGAAGGGCUUCUCCUGACAGUUAAAUAAUUAAUUUCUCAAUUUCUCCGGCAACUUCUGAUGCAUUCACCCACUCAGAUAGCGAGGGUUUUCAUAUCGAAAAAAUUCCGGCUCUGCUCGAACCAUGAACGAGCCCCUACCGUCCCCCGAGGACUCGUACCUCACCUGUGAGAUCAACGGUUCCCAGUACAUCCUCCAGACAGUCCCCAGUUCCCCCGAGGCCUUCAUAAACAUUGAGAACCUCGACGAGGACUCAACGACCUUCACCUCGCCGACCUCUGACGCCGAGCCCCCAGGAGAAUCAGAGCAACCGACCGACAACGAGGAGCAGACGCUCCCCCUGGUGUGCCUCGGCGGCCAGAUCUACGCAGUGAAGGACGGCCAGCUCCAGGAGCUGAACCUGAGUCCCCUCCAAGCAGGAGCUUUGUACUUCGAGACGCCCCAGAGCCCCGAGAAAUCCCCCGCAGACCUCAACCUUUCUAAAAAACCAGAAAUCCCUGAAGAAUCUAUUGAAGCAUCUGCCUCGGACAAUUCCCCCCAGGAAGUGCCAAACGACAAACAGGAUCAUGCAGAGGAGUUCCACGAGGAGCAGAUACUCGACGAAUCUGAGGGAGACAGCCAGGACCUCCAGGAUAAGGAGCUGAACGCCAACGACUUCAUCGAAGUGGUGACAGCCUUCAAAUGCAAGAUCUGUCCGUACACGACUCAAGACCGCUCCGAACUCCUCAAGCACUUCAAGAAGACCCACACGAACCCCUCGACCACGUCCCCCCUGGACUCCCUGAAGAUCGACGACGUCAAGCUCAUGUACAUGUGUGGCGAGUGCUCCAACUGCUUCCCCUCGAUGGAGACCUGUCGAGAGCACAUGAUCAAGGACCACCAGCUGACGGACAACCCCUCAGAGUCACCAACGCUCAAGCCCCUGAGCCCCAACGAGGAGGAGCCCGAGGCGAAACAGAAUGGCAAGACGAAGGGCUCAAAACUCAUGGAGAUCAGGGAGAAGAACGUGCGAUGCAAGUACCGGGGGUGCGUCCACAAGUUCAGCUCUAAGGAGAUGAUGCAGGAGCACGCCAACUGCCACGUCGACUCAGGAACAGUGAAUUCGUACAAAUGCAGCAUCUGUCAGGAUGUGAAGUUUGUCAAGUGGAGGGGCUGCCUCAUUCACCUCUGGAAGAAGCAUCAGGUGGACAUUGACCUCCUCUCCUGUCCCAUUUGCAAGAGCUACAAGACUGCCACGAUGAUGAAGCUGUCGUCUCACAUGAGGGUGCACAGUGACGAUAGGGACUUCGAGUGCCCACACUGUGGAAAGAGGUUCAAGCAGUCGAGUCAGCUGCGAAAUCAUCGAGUCCUGCAUCUGGACAGAAAGUCCGGGGAAAUUCCCAGGUGGUACACCUCCAAGACCUGCGAGAUGUGUGGGAAAACGUAUGCGGACGCCAAGUGUCUCAAGAAUCACAUGCAGGCGGUGCACUCCAAGCUCAGACCCUACGUCUGCAAUAUCUGCGGCCACUCGAGCUCCAGGAAGGCCAUGCUGCAGAUGCAUCUCAGACAGCACACGGGGGACAAACCCUUCAACUGUGAUCUCUGUGAGUUCAAGACUGGCGAUCACAACUCCCUGAGGCGGCAUGUCAUGAGGCACACGGGGGUGAGACCCUACAAGUGCCCUCACUGCUCGUAUUCCGCGAUACAGAGCAAUAGUUAUAAGAAUCAUCUCAAGGCCAAGCAUCCCGAGUCCUCGGGGAUAUUCACCUGUGAUUUGUGCUCGUUCAGGACGGUUAAGAAGGAGAGCUAUCUGGAGCAUGUGGGGGGACAUGAGAAGGGCCUCAUCAAGAGCACUGUCAGGAAGGGAGAGAAGGAUAAAGAUGCCAACAAUGUUGAAGUAUUUCCUGGUAACAUAGCAGCAGCUCAGUUAAUCUACAGCUGCCUAGGGGCAUUCUCAAAGGUUGGAAAUACAAUUGAAGCGAGUUUAAUGUCUUCCUCAACGUCAGCUGAUGGCACGUCCCAGACCAUCACCAUUCAAAUACCCUCGAAACACCUUGAGGGCUCUCUACCAAUGUCAGAUAAUUCCAUCAAGAACUCAUCGACGAUCGAGCAGGAAGACGACGAGACCAUGCACUGCUUUCUCAAGAUCCCUCAUGAGGAGGAGGAGAAUAUCGACACUGGUGGCAUCACCAUUCCCGCUGAACUCGAUGACACCGAGCCCCAGAUUCUGAACGUUGAAUCGUAAUUGGGGUGGACGAGUGUCCAUGCUUUUUUCUAAGGUCGACCCUAGUCACUAUUUUUACUGUUGUUAUUGAAAAGGGGAAAACAGAAAAAAAACGGAGGGAGAUUUUCAGAGGUCAUAAUUUUCUCGUAGUGUACAGUUCUUGAUUUUUCCAUUGAGCUUCCCGUAGUUUUACUGAGAGAAAACAAUGAAAAAUAACGAAAAUUCAGUAAUUCGAUAGCGAAACGUAAUCUUCAAAAUGGAAAUUAGUUCCUGAAGAAUUACAGGAGAAAAAAAUGACGAAAUUUCAUGGCAAGUUGAUGAAUUUUGUUACUAUUUUCUGAAAUAUCCCCUCAUUCUCCGCAAAAAUUUAUUAAAACGGAGAUGUACAGAAACUUAAUGAUAUAACGUAACGAAACAAUUCUUUGCAUGUUUAUAAAUACGGAAUUACCUCGAUAACUAAUUAUUUUAGAACAAAAUGCCAUGAAGUCAUUUAUCUUUCCAUGUUCUACGUAAUUAACAAUAACUUAAUUUUCACAACCUCUUCGUUCCAUUUUGACUUAUUGGUCAUCUUUUCCAACAGAAGCAUUGGAAAUUAGAUAAACUCAUCACAUAUUCAUAUUACGAAUCCUCAUUUUUUUACGGUACAUUUAAUUCGUCAUCACUUAGUUCUAUUUCUCAAGAGAAAAAAUAUUCCUGGGUAAUGUGUCAUGUAAAAAAAUGGGUACGAAAUACUUGAAAUAAGUGAGUCUUACAAGUAUUUGUCCUGGUUACAUUUAUUUAUAAUUGUAUGAUAAAACGACACGCGUUUUACAAUAAAAACUUAAAAAUUCACAGUUGCAAUAUCAUUUGAAUGACUGGAAAAUUAAUGUCUUUCAAAUAAGAUUUGUUUUUUUACAAGAGCUCAAAGUUCAAUAAACGUUUAGUUCUACAAUAAAAAAAACACGUAUUAAUUCUUUCGUUGAGAUAUUGGAAGAACCCACGUUACGAUUUAACACACAUAUGCAUCCGUAUCGAGUCGCCAACAGUCACGUAAUAAAAAUAGGAAAUUAGGAAGCUAAGCGGCGUUUUGUACUGCUGACAAAUUAACUAAUUAGAAAAUACAGUGUAUAAAAUUAAGGGAAUGGUGGGUUUCAUUGGGAAAAUCAGGUGACUGAGUGGAUUUUCAUGAAAGAUUGUUACGUCUUCGGCUUGGAAUUGUUUCAAUUAUUGGAGCAAACUGAUACGGUUUUUCCUUCGUUAUGUACAACUAAUUAUACAUCGAUACUAGAAAUUCGUCUGACAU